GGAAAUGAUGCAGCUUGUUCCUUCAGCUCGGGAGCCAUUAGCGGCGGAGCUACACGAGUAUCUGCUGCGAGUAACGGCCUGAAGGAACUCGGCGGAAGGCGGGGAAUUGUCUGAACGCGGUUGCCAUGUUGUAGAGCUGACGGCAGCCGCCCAUAUGUCUGACGGAACCCCACCUCGCCGGCGCACUAACACCAGACUCUCUCAUCGCUUAAACCAGGACAGCAUGCUGGACUCUGACGCCUCAUCUGCAGAAAUACCUCCCCCUAGUACCAAUCCAACAUCUUCUCCAAAGCUGGAGCUCAAGGAAGAACCUGCUGACACCACAGCUCCGCCCAGCAUCCCUGUUAGCGUAGGUUCCCUGCUGACCCCUUCCACCUCCCAGGCUGUGCUUAUGCAGGUGAGGGAAAAUUUCGGCGCAGGCUCCAUAGGGCCCUACCCCUUCACAGGCCGAAAGCGCAAGGCCAACUUCUCCAACGAGGAGACAGAAACCUUGGUGAAAUACGUGGUUAAUCAUUUCAGUGCUCUGUAUGGGUCUGAGGCUCUGAGAACCGAAUCCACCCGCAGGAACCAAAGGAGGAGCCAACUGUGGAGCCAGAUCCAGAAAAACGUUAAUGACCUGGGCUACACCCCUCGCACCAUCGAUGAUCUAAAACACAAAUGGAGGGACCUGCGACUCGAUGUGAAAAGGAAGAUCACCCACAGACGGACAUCAGGCAAGGCGCCUCUUGGCCCCGGAGUCGCCCCUCUUAUAGAGACCAAGCUCUCGCCACUGGAAGAUCUGGUGGCUUCCACCAUAGGGCACCACUGUACGCUGGACGGAGAGCAGGAGGGAAUGUUCAUGGAGCCAGGGGUUCCCCGACAGUCCAUCUUCUUUACAUGCAGAGGUCCCCCAUCUGUCGUCUCUGAGUUGGUUAACGAUAAACUUUCUAGCACAGUGAGCCCCAGGCCUCCUGCAGAGAUCCCCCUAGUGACCCCACUGGUCAGCACAUCUCCUGCCCAUGCUUCCUUCAUUCCUGUGACAGAAAAUGGAGACCGUGACAUGAAUGAAGUGGAUGCCACCCAGAGAGUCACCAUCAAGCCCUUCACAGAAGCGUGGACAACAGUUAACGAGAUCUGUUCCCCGGUCACAAAUCCAAACCCACAAGGGCCGCAAGCAGACCUUGUUUUGAAGUCGAAGAAAUCCGCGAACCCCCAGCCUGAGAUGCUCAAGAUCAAGCAAGAGCAUGUGUCACCCCAGAAUGACUUGGAUUCAGUUCACUGUGACUCCCAGGGAUCUGUCGUGUCAUCCCCUGAGGGGUCAAUUGGCCCCGUGAUCGGGCAGAACGAAUGGACUUCAAGUGGCGAUGGAGACAAUGAGGUGUCCGCAGUUACUGUGGAAUCGGACACUCUGCAGCUGAAAAUAGAGGACGAUGGAGACAGCCAGAUGGAAGGAGACAUUGGUUCCCAGGAAAACCAAGAUGAUUGGGAAAGGCAGUCCUUGUCCCCUCAACCCAGUGACAAUGCUCAGGACUCCAUCCCUUCCUCCUCUUCUCAGGAGGGGGAGACCUCUACUGGGGCUGAGAUUAUCACCAAUGGGGACGACUGCUGCCUGCAAGAUGGUGGCAAGGAGGUGCUGCGAGGUAGAAUGCAUCGACUGCUAGAGCUGGAGGAACAUUGGGACCGUCUCUACCAGAGGGAACUGGGUAUGUGGGAAGAGGAGAGACUCCGGCAGCAGCAGCAGCGAGACCAGGACAGGAAACUGCAGUUGCAGCUCAUGGGCAUCCUCAGUGACAUUCGGGAUGAACUGCGCCUCAUUAGGGAAGAUAGAGCUGCCGCCCGUCAAGCCCUCGUGACCUCUCAGGCAAACGACUCCACCGCGUCAUCCGAUGCUCCAGAGCAGUCGACCCCUCCCCCGAGCACACCCAGCAAGAACCUCCGAAAACCCAGCACUACUGAUGCUUCCCCAACCAAAGCCCCUGAGGUUGCCAGUCCACCGCCACGGCGAAGAGGACGCCCCCGUCUCAUUAGGCCAAACGCAGAGAAUUCCAGCAAGAGCUGAACACUGUACUUUUAAUCAGCAGGAAUGAAUUAGGGACGCUCGGUUCUAGGAGCACUGACCUCACACACUGGGUAAUGUAGGACGUUGGCAAGCCAUAGAGACAGCACGGGUUCACCUGUUACUUUUUAUAAGGAAAGAAGGCUAAAUCGGGUCUAUUUUUUUCCUCAUAGAUUUCUCCUUUAUUUCUGUUAUGAAAUGUGACCGGCCGGAGGAGGAUGCUAGACGCAGCCAUCUUUAUAUGGAUUUCAUACCUGCUAUUUGUUUCUCCACCCCCUCCCUGCUACUUUUUAUUCAUUUUCCCCUGGAGUAGCUACAGUGCAGCAAGAGCCUCCAUGAAAUGCUCCCGUGCACCCCUGCUUCCCUUCCUAUACACUGGAGAGACUUGAGGCCUGAGACGAGCACCCCGACUUUGCUUUCUGUCCCGUAACCUCGUCUGUUUUACUGCUCAGCCGACAAAGGACACAGCAGAUGGGGAUAACGGAUCAGGUCGAAUAUAUUUUAUAGUUUGUUUUUGCACAUUGUUCCCUUACAAAGAGGGAAAUGAUCCACGCGCAGAAUGCUAAUGUAGGGGUAACAGGGGUAAGUGAUACUGGGGUAAAGAGGGUGUUACUGAUUAAUUUUGCAUUAUAUUGACCAACACCUCUUUACCAACCCUGUUUCUGGACCUUUUAAACUUUCCAUGCAAUAAAAGAUUUGGUUGGUUGUUUUUU